GAGUCGCUUGUGCACCUGCCCCCAGUUGACAAGUGGCAGUGCCUUCCAGAACAGCACCCACAACCAAAUACUGUAUUUGCAUACCAGCGACUUCAGAAACGACUCAAAGAACCAGAGACGGACGAGAGGAAGCUUUCCCGCGAACUUUGUCCAGCAACACCACCUCAUUUCCGACGUCAUUUGGUGCAGAUCACAGAACACAACUUUGUACAGAACUCCGCGACUUUUGUGGACUACCUCCUUCAUUCGAACAACGUUUCCGACCGUGCUUCAGGUCUCUUAACAGCUUUACCUUGACUCACUCAACGACCGCUUCCGCUGGCUCAGGGCUGAAAUUGAGGUCGGUCUCGUAGCGACCAUGUCUACGCAUGUCCACAGCCCACCAUUGAAAGUCCGCUGGUUUCACGCCGUCGAUGUUCCGAAGCGAGACGACUCACCCUUUCGAGUAGCGUCCGCGGCCACCACGCAGAAGGUUCCAGCAACAUGGAAGGCCUUCUCGGAAAAGGACUCCGCAAAGCUGGAAGUCGCAUAUCGGAAAACGAAGCCUCAGAGAAAAAGGAGGCUGGCUGCAAGUGGGGAUGAGAAGAACGCGAUCACGCUGGGCCCGGACGGCAUGGUGCCCGUCAAUGAAGAUCAGUUGUUUGAGGCGGAUAUUGAGAAGAUGGAGACGUACCCCGUAUACUGGAAUGGGCCAGCGUACGAUAUUCGGCGAGGGACGUGGUUCUACGCAGCGUUUGGCGGCAACUAUAUUCCGUGCGAUGAGAAUCUCUCAAGGCAGGCUGAAGAUGGAUACAUGAAAUUUCAACCAUGGCUGUCUGGGCAAACGUCGGGCUCGGCAGCCUCGCCGGGUCAGUUCCCUACCAAACCACCUACGACUGAGCAGCGAUGGGCUUUACUUGGGCCCUACAUGAACCAGUUCAUCGUUUACGACGGGGCGCACUCCGCGACGCAAUUCUCAGAUGACUUUGGAAGCAAAAUCGGGAGGGCCGUGAUGAACAUUGGGGGAACGAGACUGAUUCGGGGAUGGGAUGAGGUCGAAAAGCUGCGGACAAAGACAAAGGCGCAAGCUGCCGAGGAAAAGAAGAAGGAAAAUCAAAAGGCGAAGGAGACUGGUGAUGGGAAACCUACCGGAAAAUCAGAAGCUGCGCCGUCCCCACAAACAGAUUCGGCCUUGAGUGCGGCUAACGGGGUGUCGCUCUCUUCGUUGAUUUCGGACAUCGCCCCUGGGAGCUCGACGGGCACCCUCACGAGAGAGCAAGCGGAAAAUCUGCAAGAAAAGCAGGAAACUGAGGAUUAUAAGGAAACGGAUGAUGAGGAUCGAACUAUCAACCACCUUGUGCUCGUGAUUCAUGGGAUUGGUCAGAAAUUGGGCGAAAGGGUGGAAGCAGUCAACUUCGUCCAUGACUGUAAUUUACUCCGCCGGACGAUCAAAAACGCGUCACAGCAAUAUGCGACAGCAAAGGAUCAACUGAAGCAAAGCAAAAGAGCUGGCCUGAUCAGCAUUCCCGACGACGGAGGUGUGCAGAUCUUACCAGUCCAAUGGCGGCAAAAGAUUCAGUUCGGUCUGGCACGAAAGGAGAAGCCUCCUCGAGAUCAAAACGCUGAAGGCGCCGCCGACGACGAGAAAGACGUGGAGACUGUGCUGGAGGAUAUCACGUUAGAUGGAGUGCCCGGGAUCCGGCAAUUGGUGUCGGACGUGGUGUUGGACGUGCUGCUAUACAUGACGCCACGAUAUCGGCAAGAAAUGAUUCAGCACGUCACAGAAGAGCUGAACCGGAUAUACCAUCUCUUCAUCCAACGUAACCCAAAGUUUAAUGGAAAAGUUUCCAUCGUGGGGCAUUCGCUGGGAAGCCUGCUCUCCUUUGAUAUUCUGUGCAAUCAGGCGCAGAAUCCGAUUCAGCAAGCGAGUGCGGAUGCCCCGAGUUCGCCUAGGAAGGCGACUGAGGUGGAUUUGACGGAAUUUUUGCACCGGGCGAGCGAUGGGGAAACGAAGGAUACCAAAGUGAAGGGGAUGAUGGAACGGCCCAGUAUGACGUAUGGGCAUCUCGACUUCACUGUUGAUCGUCUUUUCGUCGUAGGAUCACCAGUCGGCUUGUUUCUCCUCCUAAAAGGAGAGAAACUUCAGGCUUUCGACAACUCCACACCCUCUCUAGCCGGAGACGGCAUAGCCCGCCCUGCCGUAAAGGCGCUUUACAACAUCUUCCACCCGCACGAUCCGGUAGCCUACCGCAUCGAGCCCGUCAUUAACCGCGACUUGGCGUUAUUGAAGCCCGUCCCUAUACCCUAUACCAAAGGAGGGCUCAAAGGAACCAUUGUCGGGAUCCAGGACCUUGGGACGGGGAUAGCAGAUCGCGGUCGGAGCAUGUUUGAAGCCGCGAGAGCGGGACUUACGUCCACCACGGCGGGGAUAACUAGUGGGUUUACUGCCCAUGUCGGGCGGGUCGUAACGAUGGUAAAUGCCUUCAAAGCCCCGGCCUACACCGCAGAAGCGUCGAGUGCCUCGAGCGACAUCAAGGCUGAGCUUCACGGAGCCGGACUGGCAUCCUCCGGCUCAAAUCUGAACAGCAACGACUCCCUGCCAGCAACAGCGCCAGCGUCGUCGGUCGAAAUGCACGAAAUCGUCCGACCAUCACCAGAGAACGCGACCGACGUGGAGCUUCUGAAUCCACGAGGCAGAAUCGACUACGUUCUGCAGGAAGGCGUGCUGGAGAACCCCUAUAUAUCGGCUCUCGGGGUUCACAUGAACUACUGGUCCGACCCGGACAGCGCUCUCUUCAUCCUGAGAGAGCUGUAUUGCGAAGUUAGUGGGGACAGUGCGUGGCGAGAGAUCGUGAGUGGCGGCUCAUCCGGUGAGGGAGCUUCCGGGUCGGGAAAAGGCCGACAGGGCGGAUCCUCUGAUCGCGAGAUUAAUCAACGCCGGGGGGACAAGGGCACGGGAGGAUCGUCAUUAGAUGGGAGUCUUAGCGGCGACAUCAAAGCGAAAGGGCUAAGCCAGAUGGUGUAUGACUCGGCUGUAUCUCUGCAGUCAUACCUGCCGACGGACUUUCCGGACUUUUCAACCUUCAGCGAGCCGUUCGCUGCUCAGAUACCACCGACACUUUUGGACGAGAUUGCGGCCAUGAAUGCGUUUUCGAUACUGUGAGUAGUUGAUGCUUUCUUUCGCAGCACUAUUCCGGUCACGAAAUACUGAAAUGCAUCCUUUGUUAUCUUAGGCAUAUUCUGGUGUCGAUCAUUACGAGCCUCAUUCUUACCAGCGUUCGGUUCGCGUCCAUGCUUGUGUUUUCCUUCAAUGGGACAGCAGCAUCGUAGGGAUGCGUCGAAGGGAUUUUUGCAACCCUCUCCUUCAUCCAAAUACCUUUGUAGAUACCACCACAUAAUUUUUUGGCAUUUUCUGGGUUUCAAUACAUCAAGUUGACAUCAACACCGUUGUCCAUUUGCAGAGAGUGUUUCCUAGUUCGGCUUCUUGCAGAGAACAAGGUAUAUCGUUGACGAAGCCGGG